AUGAUUGCAAGUUCUACUGGUUCUACGGAGGCGAGUUUUGCUGCUUUCACAACGUCUGCAUUGAAGAGAGCUGUCUCAGCAGGUUUUAUGCUGUUUGUGUUGGGUCAAGUCAUCCUAUCUGCGAGGGGACAGCAUUGUCAAGAUAAUGAUGAUUGCAAGUUCUACUGGUUCUACGGAGGCGAGUUUUGCUGCUUUCACAACGUCUGCAUUGAAGAGAGCUGUCUCAGUGCGGCUCUGGAGUUCUACCUGUGGCGUGCAAUUGUGCCUCUGAUGUGUUUUUGCUGUUGCAUCUGGAGUGGAGUACUCUUCCUGGCCAUCAUGCGAAGAAAUCGCAGAAAUAGGGAUAACAUGGGCGUCGUGCAUUACAUGGCUGAGGGGGGCUUGAUGGGGGCAUCGCCUGCCUACUACCCCCCGCAAAAUGUUCAAUACCCUGGAAUCUCACCCCCAGUCACUGAGGGGAUGCUAGAGUUGCCCAGCUACCAGCCCCCUCUAACCCAGUCCUUGUUCAUAUCUGACCCACAACAAAAGCCGAGAACCUCAGAUGGAACAGUUGAAAUUAAAUAAGAAGAUACUUCACAUGGAAAAUGAAAACAAAAGAUGCUCUUACUGAGCUCGAAAAAACAAUCAUAUGAAUUUGCCCUUUUCCCCGUACAGAAGUACAUAAAGUAGUUUCCAACUUGGGAGGUUAAGAUUAGACACUUUUAGAGGUUAAAAAAGAAGGUGUCAGGACUAUUUGCCCCAGGACAACUGGCCCUAUUCCAACUUGGCCUAUAUAAAUUGACCCAUAUGAAAACUUGUCCUAUGCCAACUUGCCCCAUAUGACAACUUGUCCUAUGCCGU